AUGGCCAACUCCCGUGCUCUGACCUUGGCGGACUUUCCAAUGCUCCGUGAACGUCAAGCGGCGGAUGAAUCGGACCUGUUGCAGAGAACAAAGAAGAAGAUGAGAGGAGGUGCGGAGGUUGGAUUUGAGGAGCAGAAUGGCUCGUUUGUCUCCUACGCUAAUAAAUUGAAGGGUGAGAGUAGGGGGGAAUUGGAGACGGAUCAGAUGGAGGAAGAAGGUUUAGAUGAUUUCGGCAUUACAAUUGUGCAUCAUUUAAAGGGGAAUAUGAAGAUUCCUGAACUGGUGUUUUCGGAGGAGGGGCGGAAGAAACUUAGGAAGCCGUUCGCUAAAAGUUUAAUUGUCAAGUUACUUGGAUGGAGACUUAGCUUGCGAUCGAUGGAGAUGAAGCUGCAGAGUCUUUGGGGCAAACUGGGAACGGUUUCAGUGGUGGAUCUAAGGAAUGAUUUCUUUGUGGUAAAUUUCACCAACUGGGAGGAUUACCAUAGAGCCUUGAGUGAGGGUCCUUGGCUUAUCGCAGAUCACUAUUUGACUGUAAGGGAGUGGAGGGGCAAUUUUAACCCGCUGACAGAGGUACUAGAAGAGGUCUUGGUAUGGGUUAGACUCUCAGAUCUGCCCCUAGAGUGUUAUGGGGAAACUGUGUUGCAGGCAAUUGGGGAUCAAAUAGGUAAAACAGUCAAGGUUGAUGCAACUACACUGAUGCAGACCCGAGGGAAAUUUGCAAGAAUUGGAGUGCAGGUAGACCUGUCUAAACCUCUACUUCCUCAAUUUCUUAUUGAAGGAAGGGAGUUUAAUGUUGAAUAUGAGGGCUUACAUUCCCUAUGCUAUCAUUGUGGCAUGUAUGGGCACGGUGAGAAGGAUUGUGCAGACAAAGUGGAGGAAACGAGUAAGAUGAAUGAGGGAAUGGAGGAAUGCGAAGGGCAGGAUAGAUCUAGGAGCCUUUAUGGAGAAUGGACUUUAGUCCAAAAAAGGAGGGGGCCAAGGAGAGCAGGAAUGGAAAGAAGAGGUUUUGUCUCUUCAGGAGGAGUUGGAGCUGAUCAAUCCAGAUUUAAUGGGUUGGAGGUUGAGGAGCUGGACAGGGUGGAGGAAGCAGUGGGAAAUGAUAGAAGUCUGGUUGUUUCCUCGGUUGCCACUGAGGGAAAGAGGAAGAAUAGAACAGUUGACAAUAGAACAUGGGAAGAAGUGGCUGAGGAGUGGAAGAGUAGCAGUGGUGAAAGGGCAAUUAUUCCUGUGAACACAACAUUGGCAAGAAAUAGGUGGUUAAACAAGAGUGGAAAAGAAGGCAAUACUCUAAGGGAUGACGUGAGGGAAGCCUCUCAAGGUAAGGAGGGGAAGCAAGAGAGGGAUUAUUUAAAAGAACUAGAUCCGAAUGUGAUAAGCCUCAGAGAGGCUAGGAUUGAGAGCAAGGAGGCUUGGAUAGAUAAGGAAGGGGGGAAGCCGCCAGAUAAAGAUAGAGAUAAUGAUGAGCUGUUUAUGGAAGCAGUGGAGGAGAGUGCUGAGAUGCGGGUUGAUUAA